AUGUCGCUUCCUCUAGUCGUCUCAAUUGAAUUUUGUCAUUAUUCAGAUAGUGAAGAAGAACCGAGUUUUGCGCUGGCCCUAGCUGAAAAUGAUUAUUACAUGAUAAUGGCUCAUGACUCGGCGCGCUCUCUGUUAGAAGAGGUUGAAAUCGGAAACAGAAUCGUUCUUUCAGGGUUCAUUAACCGCGGAAAAAUGGAUGGUCUUCAUUAUCUUUCACUGCUGGCUACCUCUUCCAUCAAGGUGUUGUCCCCCAGAUGUCCCUGUUGUAAGCUACAAGAGAUGCAUCUAGACGAAGAUGAUGACGACUACUGA